UGUAACCAUCUCUAUGCAUGAUGAUGCGUUUAAAGUGGACCAGGCAUGCGCUUUUCGGCUUCCAACAAACACAAUGAUAUUUAGCCAUAUGUGGAAGGCGUUGUGCUGGCGCAACAACAACAACGACACUCCAGAGCCAUCUUCCAAAUACAAUCCCAACCCUCCAGCUCCUGCUGCUCCUACAAAAGCAGCCCCAUGUACUAAUCCUGCAGCACAUGAUCAUGAUCAACCAGAUGAGAGUGAUGAGGGCUUAAAGCCACCACAUGAUAGUUCCUCCUCAAGUGCUGGGCUUCAAGAUCAACCAGCUACAAGCCCCUCGGAGCCCAAGGGUGACAGAAAAAAGAAAGGGAAAAAAAAGGGGACUGGUGGGAGAUCAGACUGUGAUACUUUCGACGUUCGUGGGAAUACCAUUACCGGAUGCAAAGGCGGUAAGAUCGGAAUUUUCGACUUUGGCAACACCUAUACAUGAAUCAAUCAAGGCUGAAAGAAAAGCUGUUGAUUAUAUGAAGACGAAGAUUAAUUAAUUUGUAGAAUUAAUCAUGAGAGAUUAAUUAGUUAAUUUGGAUUUGGAUCUCUCUGUAAUUUUGAUAAUCUUGUAAGUUGGGUUGGGUGUUUAUGGAUAUUGAUGAUCUUGUAAGGGCUGCUAGUAUUGAUAUGAAUUUUCUUUCGUUA